AUGGGGGUGGGGGGGCGGGGGUGUCUGGUCGGCUGGAUUGGGGUUGAGGUGUCGGGGCGUGGCUGUUGUGUGGUCGUUUUGUGUGUUUCUUUUUGUUUGGUUGUUGGGUCGUAUGGUUGGGAUGGUUGUGUGUGGGUUUUUUUGUUUCGUUUUUGUGUUUUUUUUUUGGGGGUUUUUUUGGUUUUUUUGUUUUGGGGGGUGUCGGUGGUUGGGUUGCGGGGGGUUGUUGUGAUUGGGGCUGGUUUUUAUUUGGGGGGGGGGGGGGGGGGGGGGGGGGGGGGGGGGGGGGGGGGGGGGGGGGGUGGGGGGGGGGGGGGGGGGGGGGGGGGGGGGGGGGGGGGGGGGGGGGGGGGGGGGGGGGGGGGGGGGGGGGGGGGGGGUGGGGGGGGGGGGGGGGGGGGGGGGGGGGGGGGGGGGGGGGGGGGGUGGGGGGGGGGGGGGGGGGGGGGGGGGGGGGGGGGGGGGGGGGGGGGGGGGGGGGGGGGGGGGGGGGGGGGGGGGGGGGGGGGGGGGGGGGGGGGGGGGGGGGGGGGGGGGGGGGGGGGGGGGGGGGGGGGGGGGGGGGGGGUGGGGGGGGGGGGGGGGGGGGGGGGGGGGGGGGGGGGGGGGGGGGGGUGGGGGGGGGGGGGGGGGGGGGGGGGGGGGGGGGGGGGGGGGUGGGGGGGGGGGGGGGUGGGGGGGGGGGGGGGGGGGGGGGGGGGGUGGGGGGGGGGGGGGGGGGGGGGGGGGGGGGGGGGGGGGGUGGGGGGGGGGGGGGUGGGGGGGGGGGGGGGGGGGGGGGGGGGGGGGGGGGGGGGGGGGGGGGGGGGGGGGGGGGGGGGGGGGGGGGGGGGGGGGGGGGGGGGGGGGUGGGGGGGGGGGGGGGGGGGGGGGGGGGGGGGGGGGGGGGGGGGGGGGGGGGGGGGGGGGGGGGGGGGGGGGGGGGGGGGGGGGGGGGGGGGGGGGGGGGGGGGGGGGGGGGGGGGGGGGGGGGGGGGGGGGGGGGGGGGGGGGGGGGGGGGGGGGGCGGCGGGGGGGGGGGGGGGGGGGGGGGGGGGGGGGGGGGGGGGGGGGGGGGGGGGGGGGGGGGGGGGGGUGGGGGCGGGGGGGGGGGGGGGGGGGGGGGGGGGGGGGGGGGGGGGGGGGGGGGGGGGGGGGGGUGGGUUGGGGGGGGGGGGGUGGGUGUGUGUUUUUGUGUCAUAG